GGGCCAGGCGCCUCGCGCGCUUGGAGGAGAGCGACCGCAGAGCAGCUCCGGCCACGGCUACGGUAGCAGCGAGUUCGAACCCCCGCUCCCGCUCCGCUUCUAUUCUCGCUUUCCCGGCCCCUGGGCCUUCCGACGCCAGUGCCCGGCAGCUCGUUGCGCUUUGCGUUUUCUCCGCCGCCAGGAUGCCGGUGACUGAGAAGGACCUGGCGGAGGACGCGCCGUGGAAGAAAAUCCAGCAGAACACGUUCACACGCUGGUGCAAUGAGCACCUCAAGUGCGUGAACAAACGCAUCGGGAACCUGCAGACAGAUCUGAGCGAUGGGCUGCGGCUUAUCGCGCUGCUCGAGGUGCUCAGCCAGAAGCGCAUGUACCGCAAGUACCACCAGCGGCCCACCUUCCGCCAGAUGCAGCUCGAGAACGUGUCUGUGGCGCUCGAGUUUCUGGACCGUGAGAGCAUCAAGCUCGUGUCCAUCGAUAGCAAAGCCAUUGUGGAUGGGAACCUGAAGCUCAUCUUGGGCCUGGUAUGGACGCUGAUUCUCCACUAUUCCAUCUCCAUGCCCGUGUGGGAGGAUGAAGGGGAUGACGAUGCCAAGAAGCAGACACCAAAGCAGAGGCUGCUGGGAUGGAUUCAGAACAAGAUCCCCUACUUGCCUAUCACCAACUUCAACCAGAACUGGCAAGAUGGCAAAGCCCUGGGAGCCCUGGUUGACAGCUGUGCUCCAGGUCUGUGCCCAGACUGGGAGUCCUGGGAUCCACGGAAGCCUGUGGAUAAUGCCCGAGAAGCCAUGCAGCAGGCAGAUGACUGGCUGGGUGUCCCACAGGUCAUCACUCCUGAAGAAAUUAUUCACCCAGAUGUGGAUGAACACUCAGUGAUGACUUACCUAUCCCAGUUCCCCAAAGCCAAGCUCAAACCAGGAGCUCCUCUUAAACCCAAACUCAACCCAAAGAAAGCCAGGGCCUAUGGCAGAGGAAUCGAGCCCACUGGGAACAUGGUGAAGCAGCCAGCCAAGUUCACUGUGGACACCAUCAGCGCCGGGCAGGGAGAUGUGAUGGUGUUUAUCGAGGACCCAGAAGGGAACAAAGAAGAGGCACAGGUGACCCCUGAUAGUGACAAGAACAAGACAUACUCUGUGGAAUAUCUGCCCAAGGUCACUGGACUGCACAAAGUCACAGUCCUCUUUGCAGGACAGCACAUCUCUAAAAGCCCAUUUGAAGUGAAUGUUGACAAAGCCCAGGGAGACCCCAGUAAAGUAACUGCAAAAGGCCCAGGUUUGGAAGCUGCAGGAAACAUUGCUAAUAAGCCCACCUACUUUGACAUCUACACAGCAGGAGCUGGCGUGGGUGACAUUGGUGUUGAGGUGGAAGAUCCCCAGGGGAAGAACACAGUAGAAUUGCUUAUAGAAGACAAAGGAAACCAGGUGUAUCGAUGUGUGUACAAACCACUGCAGCCUGGCCCCCAUGUGGUCAAGGUCUCCUUUGCUGGGGAAACCAUUCCCAAGAGUCCCUUUGUUGUGCAAGUUGGGGAAGCCUGCAGUCCAAAUGCCUGCCGGGCCAGUGGCCGAGGCCUGCAGCCCAAAGGUGUCCGCAUCCGGGAGACCGCAGACUUCAAAGUUGAUACCAAAGCUGCUGGAAGUGGGGAGCUCAGUGUAACUGUGAAGGGUCCUAAGGGCCUGGAGGAGCUGGUGAAGCAGAAAGGCUUUCUGGAUGGGGUCUAUGCAUUCGAAUAUUACCCCAGCACCCCGGGGAAGUACAGCGUUGCCAUCACAUGGGGGGGACACCACAUUCCAAAGAGCCCUUUUGAAGUUCAAGUUGGUCCUGAAGCAGGCAUGCAGAAAGUCCGUGCUUGGGGCCCUGGCCUCCAUGGUGGAAUUGUCGGGAGGUCCGCAGAUUUUGUGGUAGAAUCCAUUGGCUCUGAAGUGGGGUCUCUGGGGUUUGCCAUUGAAGGCCCUUCCCAGGCAAAGAUUGAGUACGAUGACCAGAAUGAUGGAUCAUGUGAUGUCAAAUACUGGCCCAAGGAGCCUGGAGAAUAUGCUGUUCACAUCAUGUGUGAUGACGAAGACAUCAAAAACAGCCCAUACAUGGCCUACAUCCAUCCUGCCACAGGAGACUACAACCCAGACCUGGUUCAAGCAUAUGGGCCAGGUUUGGAGAGAUCUGGGUGCAUCGUCAACAACCCAGCCGAGUUCACUGUGGAUCCUAAAGAUGCUGGAAAAGCUCCCUUAAAGAUAUUUGCUCAGGAUGGGGAAGGCCAGCCCAUCGACAUCCAGAUGAAGAACCGGAUGGAUGGAACUUAUGCCUGCUCAUACACCCCAGUUAAAGCCAUUAAGCACACCAUUGCUGUGGUCUGGGGAGGAGUGAAUAUUCCAAACAGCCCCUACCGGGUCAACAUUGGGCAAGGAAGCCACCCUCAGAAGGUUAAAGUGUUUGGGCCAGGUGUGGAGAGAAGUGGUCUGAAGGCCAAUGAACCCACCCACUUUACAGUGGACUGUACUGAGGCUGGGGAAGGUGAUGUCAGUGUUGGCAUUAAGUGUGAUGCCCGGGUUUUAAGCGAGGAUGAGGAAGACGUGGAUUUUGACAUUAUUCACAAUGCCAAUGACACAUUUACAGUCAAAUAUGUGCCUCCUGCUGCUGGACGAUACACUAUCAAGGUUCUCUUUGCAUCACAGGAAAUUCCUGCCAGCCCUUUCAGAGUCAAAGUUGACCCUUCCCAUGAUGCCAGCAAAGUGAAGGCGGAAGGCCCGGGGCUCAGCAGAGCAGGUGUGGAAAACGGAAAACCGACUCACUUCACUGUUUUCACCAAGGGAGCCGGGAAGGCCCCACUCAACGUGCAGUUCAGCAGCCCCCUUCCUGGUGACGCUGUGAAGGACGUGGAUAUCAUCGAUAAUUAUGACUACUCUCACACCGUUAAAUACACACCCACCCAGCAGGGUAGCAUGCAGGUUCUGGUAACUUAUGGUGGUGAUCCUAUCCCUAAAAGUCCUUUCACUGUGGGCGUUGCUGCUCCACUGGAUCUGAGCAAGAUAAAAAUCAAUGGGCUGGAAAACAGGGUCGAGGUUGGGAAGGAUCAGGAGUUCGCCAUUGAUACCAAAGGAGCAGGAGGCCAGGGGAAGCUGGACGUGACAAUCCUGAGCCCCUCUCGGAAGGUUGUUCCAUGCCUGGUGGCACCCAUGGUGGGUCGGGAGAGCAGCACAGCCAAGUUCAUCCCUCGGGAGGAGGGGCUGUAUGCCGUGGAUGUGACCUAUGAUGGACACCCCGUGCCCGGGAGCCCCUACACAGUGGAGGCCUCUCUACCACCCGAUCCUACCAAGGUGAAGGCCCAUGGUCCUGGCCUUAAAGGUGGUCUUGUGGGCAAGCCUGCUGAGUUCACCAUUGACACUAAAGGAGCCGGAACUGGAGGUUUGGGCCUAACCGUGGAAGGUCCUUGUGAGGCCAAAAUUGAAUGCUCUGACAAUGGUGACGGGACCUGCUCUGUCUCUUACCUUCCCACAAAACCUGGGGAAUACUUCGUCAACAUUCUCUUUGAAGAAGUCCACAUACCUGGGUCUCCCUUCAAAGCCGACAUUGAAAUGCCAUUUGACCCCUCUAAGGUUGUGGCAUCAGGACCAGGUCUCGAGCUCGGGAAAGUGGGUGAAGUUGGGCUUCUUAGCGUUGACUGUUCGGAAGCAGGUCCUGGGACACUGGGCAUGGAAGCCAUCUCAGACUCAGGAACAAAAGCGGAAGUCUGCAUUCAGAACAACAAAGACGGCACCUACGCGGUGACCUAUGUGCCACUAACAGCUGGCAUGUACACACUGACCAUGAAGUAUGGUGGGGAGCUUGUGCCACACUUCCCUGCCCAGGUCAAGGUGGAGCCCGCUGUGGACACUAGCAGGGUCAAAGUCUUUGGACCAGGAAUAGAAGGAAAAGAUGUGUUUAGAGAAGCCACCACUGACUUCACUGUUGACUCAAGGCCCCUGACCCAGGUAGGGGGUGACCACAUCAAGGCCCACAUUGCCAACCCUUCAGGAGCCUCCACUGAGUGCUUUGUCACAGACAAUGCUGAUGGGACCUAUCAAGUGGAGUAUACACCCUUUGAGAAAGGUCUCCAUGUAGUGGAGGUGACAUAUGACGAUGUACCCAUCCCAAACAGUCCUUUCAAAGUAGCUGUAACUGAAGGCUGUCAGCCAUCACGGGUCCAAGCCCAAGGUCCUGGAUUGAAAGAGGCAUUUACCAACAAACCUAAUGUCUUCACUGUUGUUACUAGAGGGGCAGGAAUCGGUGGGCUUGGCAUAACUGUUGAGGGACCAUCAGAAUCGAAGAUAAACUGCAGAGACAACAAAGAUGGCAGCUGCAGUGCCGAGUACAUCCCCUUUGCCCCAGGGGAUUAUGAUGUUAAUAUCACUUAUGGAGGAGCCCACAUCCCUGGUAGCCCCUUCAGGGUUCCUGUGAAGGAUAUUGUGGACCCCAGCAAGGUCAAAAUUGCUGGCCCUGGGCUGGGCUCUGGUGUCCGAGCCCGCAUCCCACAGUCCUUCACGGUGGACAGCAGCAAAGCUGGCCUGGCCCCAUUGGAAGUGAGGGUCUUGGGCCCCCGAGCUGAUGAGAUGGAUUCCCAGUCAUGGCGCAGCCCCUUGAAAGCCAUUUCAGAGUUCUUUAAAGGUGACCCGAAGGGUGACUUUAUGGAGACAGGUCUGGUGGAGCCAGUGAAUGUGGUGGAUAAUGGGGAUGGCACACAUACGGUGACCUAUACCCCAUCGCAGGAGGGGCCUUACAUGGUCUCAGUUAAAUAUGCUGAUGAAGAGAUCCCACGAAGGUAAGUGCCUCUCACCUGAGGCAUGGAUCUAAACCAGCCUCAAGCCCACCCAGCUGCAGGAUUGGCUAGCAUUGCUGUGGUAGCCCCACCCACCCACUUACCCAUUCAUCCAAUCAGCAGAUUUUAUCCUGAACCUAAAGAUGUUGGAUAGCAGCUUUUAGCAUAUCUCUUUUAUCCACAGGACCAAGAAGGAAAACCCAAAAGAGCCACUGUCCACGACAAUAAAGAUGGCACAUAUGCUGUCACCUACAUCCCUGACAAGACUGGACGCUAUAUGAUUGGGGUCACCUAUGGGGGGGAUGACAUCCCGCUUUCUCCUUACCGCAUCCGAGCCACGCAGUCGGGUGACGCCAGCAAGUGCCUGGCCACGGGUCCUGGCAUUGCCCCCACUGUGAAAACUGGCGAGGAAGUGGGCUUUGUGGUGGACGCCAAGACUGCUGGGAAAGGGAAAGUGACCUGCACAAUUCUCACCCCAGAUGGUACUGAGGCUGAGGCUGAUGUCAUUGAAAACGAGGAUGGCACCUAUGACAUUUUCUAUACAGCCGCCAAGCCUGGCACUUAUGUGAUCUAUGUGCGCUUUGGUGGUGUUGAUAUUCCAAAUAGCCCCUUCACUGUCAUGGCCACGGAUGGGGAAGUCACAGCCAUGGAGGAGGCACCGGUAAAUGCAUGUCCCCCUGGAUUCAGGCCCUGGGUAACUGAAGAGGCGUAUGUCCCAGUGAGUGACAUGAAUGGACUGGGAUUUAAGCCUUUUGACUUGGUCAUUCCAUUUGCUGUCAGGAAAGGAGAAAUCACAGGAGAGGUCCACAUGCCUUCUGGGAAGACAGCCACACCUGAGAUUGUGGACAACAAAGAUGGAACAGUAACUGUCAGAUAUGCCCCCACUGAGGUCGGGCUCCACGAGAUGCACAUCAAAUACAUGGGCAGCCACAUCCCUGAGAGCCCUCUCCAGUUCUAUGUGAACUAUCCCAACAGUGGGAGCGUUUCUGCAUAUGGUCCAGGCCUGGUGUAUGGAGUAGCUAACAAAACGGCCACCUUCACGAUUGUCACCGAGGAUGCAGGAGAAGGUGGUCUCGAUUUGGCUAUUGAGGGACCCUCGAAGGCAGAAAUCAGCUGCAUUGACAACAAAGAUGGGACGUGCACCGUGACCUACCUGCCUACACUGCCAGGCGACUAUAGCAUUCUGGUCAAGUACAAUGACAAGCACAUCCCUGGCAGCCCCUUCACAGCCAAGAUCACAGAUGACAGCAGGCGUUGCUCCCAGGUGAAGUUGGGCUCAGCUGCUGACUUCCUACUUGACAUCAGUGAGACUGACCUCAGCACACUGACAGCCAGCAUUAAGGCACCAUCUGGUCGUGAUGAGCCCUGUCUCCUGAAGAGGCUGCCCAAUAACCACAUCGGCAUCUCCUUCAUCCCCCGGGAGGUGGGUGAACACCUGGUCAGUAUCAAGAAGAAUGGCAACCAUGUAGCCAACAGCCCCGUGUCCAUUAUGGUGGUCCAAUCGGAGAUUGGUGAUGCACGCCGAGCCAAAGUCUACGGCCGAGGCCUGUCAGAGGGCCGGACUUUUGAGAUGUGUGACUUCAUUGUGGAUACAAGAGAUGCAGGUUAUGGUGGCAUAUCCUUGGCAGUGGAAGGCCCCAGCAAGGUGGACAUCCAGACAGAGGACCUGGAAGAUGGCACCUGCAAGGUCUCCUACUUCCCCACCGUGCCUGGGGUUUACAUUGUCUCCACCAAAUUUGCUGAUGAGCAUGUUCCUGGAAGUCCAUUUACUGUGAAGAUCAGUGGUGAGGGAAGAGUCAAAGAGAGUAUCACCCGGACCAGCCGGGCCCCCUCAGUGGCCACUGUUGGGAGCAUCUGCGACUUGAACCUGAAAAUCCCAGAAAUCAACAGCAGUGAUAUGUCUGCCCAUGUCACCAGCCCCUCUGGCCGUGUGACUGAGGCAGAGAUUGUGCCCAUGGGGAAGAACUCACACUGCGUCCGGUUUGUGCCCCAGGAGAUGGGCGUUCACACGGUCAGUGUCAAGUACCGUGGACAGCAUGUAACCGGCAGCCCCUUCCAGUUCACUGUGGGGCCACUUGGUGAAGGGGGUGCCCACAAAGUUCGGGCAGGAGGCCCUGGCCUGGAGAGAGGAGAAGCAGGAGUCCCAGCUGAGUUUAGCAUCUGGACCCGGGAAGCAGGUGCUGGAGGCCUCUCCAUCGCUGUUGAAGGUCCCAGUAAGGCCGAGAUUACAUUCGAUGACCAUAAAAAUGGAUCAUGUGGUGUGUCUUAUAUUGCCCAAGAGCCUGGUAACUACGAGGUGUCUAUCAAGUUCAAUGAUGAGCACAUCCCUGAAAGCCCCUACCUGGUGCCCAUCAUCGCGCCCUCUGACGACGCCCGCCGCCUCACUGUUAUGAGCCUUCAGGAAUCGGGAUUAAAAGUUAACCAGCCAGCAUCCUUUGCUAUAAGGUUGAAUGGUGCAAAAGGCAAGAUUGAUGCAAAGGUGCAUAGCCCCUCGGGAGCUGUGGAGGAAUGCCAUGUGUCUGAGCUGGAGCCAGAUAAGUAUGCUGUUCGCUUCAUCCCCCACGAAAAUGGCAUCCACACAAUUGAUGUCAAAUUCAAUGGGAGCCACGUGGUUGGAAGCCCCUUCAAAGUGCGCGUUGGGGAGCCAGGACAAGCUGGGAAUCCUGCCCUGGUGUCUGCCUACGGUGCAGGGCUCGAGGGGGGCACCACAGGCAUCCAGUCUGAAUUCUACAUCAACACCACCCGAGCAGGCCCAGGGACGUUGUCUGUCACUAUUGAAGGCCCAUCCAAAGUUAAAAUGGAUUGCCAAGAAACCCCAGAGGGGUACAAAGUUAUGUACACGCCCAUGGCUCCUGGAAACUAUCUGAUUGGUGUCAAAUAUGGCGGACCCAACCACAUUGUGGGCAGUCCAUUCAAAGCCAAAGUGACAGGUCAGCGUCUGGUCAGCCCGGGCUCAUCCAAUGAAACCUCAUCCAUCCUGGUGGAGUCAGUGACCAGGUCAUCAACAGAGACCUGCUAUAGUGCCAUCCCCAAGUCAUCCUCGGAUGCCAGCAAGGUGACUUCCAAGGGAGCAGGGCUCUCAAAGGCCUUCAUGGGACAGAAGAGCUCCUUCCUGGUGGACUGCAGCAAAGCUGGUUCCAACAUGCUGCUGAUUGGAGUCCAUGGACCCACCACACCCUGUGAGGAGGUCUCCAUGAAGCAUGUGGGCAACCAGCAGUACAAUGUCACAUAUGUUGUCAAGGAGAGGGGGGAUUACGUUCUGGCCGUGAAGUGGGGGGAAGAACACAUCCCCGGCAGCCCUUUUCAUGUCACAGUGCCUUAAAAUAGUUUGCAUCAAAUCCUGGGAGGAAUUCUUAUGGUUGCUUUUAUCGCUUGUUUGUAAUUCAUUUUAUACCAUGUCCUCCAGCCUGUUGGUGGGUCUAAAUCCCAUCCCAAAACACUACCAUUCUAAAGUGCCUUCAGAAAUAAGUCCUAGACUUGACUCUUGAGGGAUGCAUUGGGUAAUCAUAAGAAAUGCAAAUUUGUCCAAUGGACUAAGAAGAUCCAACGUAUACUCAGUUCACCUCAGACCUUGCGGGGCACAGGUCACUGCAGACAGACCAAGAAUAUGGGGAAGACUGACAUUUUUUAAAAAAUGAAACUGGCCAACCUAAGCUACAGGUUUACUGUUGAGCCUUUACAAAAAAAAGACGGGGGGGGGCAUGAGGGGGGGGUGGGAAGGGGCCAGGAAAAAAGAAGAGACCUAGUUUAGGUUGUAAUUUAGCAAAGGGAUUCCUUCAGACCAGCUGGAUCUAGUCCAGGGCCCAUAUUCCAUAGGAAAAGGCUGUUAGGUGCUCCACUAUGUUGACACUACUUCUCACCAAUCACCCAUUGCACUCUGGCCUCCUGACAUUCUUUCUGGGCAGAGCCAAUUGGUGGCACAUGGCUUCCUAGUGUUUCUGUACUUCUCUGGUGAUUAUUUCUUUGCAGAGUCAUAAAAGUGUGACCAUUUGGCUGCCACGGAUCUGCUUUAGGUUUCCAAGUCCAUUUCAGUCACUUGGUGGAGGAAAUUCUGCAGUGACCAGCAGCAGCCCACUUGCCAAAGAUCCCUUCUCACCAACACUAGCCCUUGCUUCUAACACACGCCCCAGUCACUUAUCAGCCUUACCAAAACCUUUAAAGUGACCUCAGGUGGGUGCACAUGUUAGUGUUCGCCUCAUGAAGGCCUAUAAGGUGACACAACACUCAUAGCCACCCCUGCCAACCUGUGGGUCACUCAGGAAAAUAUUAAUAUAGACAGGAAAGAAUAAAGCUCAUGCCAACUUUUGGCUGAGUGUUGGGGAAUUGUUGAGGGGCAGGGAAAGGCAGCAGCUUCUUUGGUGAUCGCCCCCUUUUGGCAGAACAGUGAAAGCUGCGUAGCUGACAGUUUGCAUCAAAUCCUGGGAGGAAUUCUUAUGGAUGCUCUUGGGAAAACAAUCAGCAGGUGCAGAAUUUUUUUUUUUUUUUAAAUGGGGUAUAGGACAGUUUGCAAGCCUUUUGCAGACCUGAGCUGGCUUUGGGAUUAAGUUAAAGCAAUCAGGGACGUUGCCUCAUGGCAGAGCUCAGAUGUGUAGCUUGGGCCAGGCAGGCUGACUUUCUGAUUUGCUGCUUAGUCCUAAGGAAGUGGCCACUGUCAUCAUGGGUGUGGUAGGGCUCUGGAGGUGUAGCAGUUGGAGGUGGGUGUUGGUGGUAAAAGUCCACCUUUUAGAAACUGGAGGCAGCCCGAAGCUUAAUGUGAAGGGACCACAGGCCUUGGAAACGAGGACAGGGAAGCCAAACUGGAAUCAAAUGCCGACUGUAAAUUGUAUCUUAUAACUUAUUAAAUAAAACGUUUGCGCCGUAAAGUUUC